ACUGGGUACAACCGUUUAGCAAGUAGGACAUUUCUGAGUUUCGUAGUUCCGACUAGCACGUGAACGCUCCAUAACGUUCCUGCGCUCCGGAGAUUUUCAUUGGUCACGCCAUAUCGGGGGCAAGACUCUAGACCAGGAAUUCCUCAGCGCUUCUCAAAUUUCCUGAAAUCACAGACCUCUCGUUCGCCUCGGUUACCGAUACAUUCUGCGCCCACCUUCUGCCCGCAACAGACGUCUGAACAGAGCCGCUUUUCAAAAUGAUGUUGCAAAGUGUCCCUUUCCUCCUAUUGCUGGCCAUAGCGCUCUGUCAAACCGAGGAGGUGCAGAGUAAGAGUAAGGUGUGUGCCAAUGUGUUUUGUGGAGCAGGAAGAGAGUGUGUCGUCACUGAGAAGGGAGAGCCCAGCUGCUUGUGUAUAGAGAGCUGUAAGCCCCACAAGCGUUCAGUGUGUGGCAGUAACAGUAAGACGUACCGCAACCACUGUGAGCUCCACCGAGAUGCCUGUCUCACCGGCCUCAAGAUCCAGGUGGCUCAUGAUGGACACUGCCAGGAGAAGAAAGCAGAGCAAGCCGCUGCCAGCCCAGUGGUGUGUUACGUAGCAGACCGUAAUGAGUUGAGGCAUCGUGUGAUCCAGUGGCUGCAGACUGAGGUGGUCCCAGACGGCUGGUUUGUCAAGGGCUCCAACUUUACCGACAUCCUGCUCAAAUACUUCAAGAACUACGACAAUGGUGACUCCACGCUGGACUCCUCAGAGCUCCUCAAGUUCAUCCAACAUAAUGACUCCAACGUGGACAUGCAGUCAUACGCAGACCAGGAGAGCAACAAGCUGCUCAGAAGCCUAUGUGUGGACGCCCUGAUCGAGCUGUCAGAUGAGAACGCUGACUGGAAGCUUAGCUUCGAUGAGUUCCUCAACUGCCUGAAGCCCAGCUUCAACCCACCUGAGAAGAAGUGUGCCCUGGAGGAUGAGACCUAUGAAGAUGGGGCCGAGACACAGGUGGAGUGUAACCGCUGUGUGUGUGCCUGUGGCAACUGGGUCUGCACUGCCAUGACCUGUACUGACAAGACAGCGGUUGUCAAGGAGACCGCGGAGGCAGGGCAGGAGAUGACCGAGGAGGAAUGGAGUCUCCGUGUGACCGAGCUUAACAAGCAUCAGGAAACAGUGGAGAAGAUGAAGGCCAGCACAAAGGAGGCCUAAGAGGCCCAAAGAAGAAGGGCUUGAGAGAGAGAGAGACACUCUUCCUCUAUACUUGAUGUACCUUGAGGCCCUGUGCUUUUGCUGAAUUUACUCAUAUGUUAAUUAUUAGAGCUUUUUUACUGUCUUUUUGUUGAUGUUUGUUAGAUGCAGGGGCAGUCUAGAGUAUUAUUUUAGGAGUUCCUUGUGUUAAGUACUGUCUUUAUUUGUGAUUGUAUUACUGCACCCUGCACUAGGAAUGGGGCCAUUUUCUACUGUUACAUUUUUCUUCUUCUUCCUAUGUAUACAAUAUAGUUACAGUAUUCAUGGGUAUGGCUCUUGUUAGUAAAAUAGCAAGCGGUAAUUGUUUGGAAUGAGAAAGAUUAGAGAUAUUAGGAGUGAGCUGUCUUCAUCAAGGAAACAAAAUCCUCUUGAAAGUCCUUCAAGAUGUGUUAGAGAAGUGUAGAGCAAGACGAUGACAGUGUCCUAUUGUAGGGGAAGGUAGUGGGAUGUCAUACACUUGACUUUAAGCUUAUUUGCUUACAGAACUGCCAUGAUACUACUUGACCAAUGCACUUCACCCUCCGUGACUAGCAGCGUAGUUUCAGGCCUUAGUGAAUCAUCCCGUUUAGUUAGUACGCCCUGCUUUUUGACAAAUACACUUGCUCCUAUGUACAAUUUGUUAUAUGCUUGAGUUGGAGAUCAUAUGUGAUCACAAUGGCUCCUGUGCUGUAUUCAAUCAGCGCUCUCUGGUGCUUGUUUCAGAAACAUCGAAGCAAUAGUCAUCUAGAUGUGAAACGUUGAAUAUAGAAUGAAAGCAACAAGCACCAAGCACAGAGCUGAACUGAGUACAGCAGGGAGAGAACUGAAACCAAAGCCUGAUGAUGACUAUGAUGAUGAAAUGAUGUACGAACCCCUCCAGGUAAAGCAUUACUCUGGACCCAGCAACAACACUAUACCUGUGCUUAUCAAAGAUCAGUUAUAAGGAUUAGCCUUGCUGUCAGCUAACAUAACUUAGAUGCAUCUCUAACUCAGAGUGAAUGCGUCUGUCAGAUAAUGUGUGUGUGAUGAGGGAGUGUUUUUUGAGAGAGUGUGAGCUACUAGUGUGGCGGUGAGUGUCAUAUUUGUUUUAUGUUUUAUUUGUCAAAAUCCCACUCAUCCUGAGAAUUAUUUGUGGUUAAAUCAGUGCCUUUAACACCCAAACAUAGGCCUGCAGACACACACUGUCGAGGUCUUGUGUCCAGCAAGCUUUAAACCACAAUUGGAUUGGGCAAGACUAUAAUUGGCAGAAUUUUUAUAGUAACCUUAGAGCUAUGUGGUUUAGUCCUUGUUAAAUGUUUGUGUAAAAGUUCCAUAACUAGUUUGGUUAAUAACUUUUUAUUCUAAAAGGAAUGCAGAGUGUAUAAGGAGUAUAUAUGCCAAUAAAAGACAACCCAUACAGUACUA